AUGGGGACAGACACGAAGCCCACAGCCGGGACUGAUGUUGAGCGAGGGAGCUCAUACACAGGCAGCGUUCUUCCAGAGACCAAGGAAGCCAUCGAUGGAGUGUUGCCGAACAAACACCCCAGAGAUGGCAUGGCAGCCUGGCGUUGGCCAUGCAUACAGUCUGCUUUCUUCCUUGGAGGCAUGCUGCUUGGAUACGAUGUCAGUAACAUUGCGAAUAUCCAACCACCGAUCUACGAAGCCUUCGGCCAGGUCCAUCUCCUGCCAUGGGUUGCGACGGGUUACACGGCAACCCAAGUCUGCAUGGUUCCUCUCGUCCGCAAGCUCGCCCUUUUGGGCCAUGUAAAGCUGCAGAUAGUUGCCUACACUUUGAUCUUUCUCAUUGGUGCAGCCGUAUCUGGUUCCGCCACCGGCAUGAACUCCGUCAUUAUCGGUCGCGCGGUUUCAGGAGUUGGAGGAGCUGGAAUCUACCAGCUCUGUAUCCUGGUCAACGUCCUUCUCACGACUCCAGCAGAGCUUCCUCGUGUCCAAGGUAUCAUGGCUGUCUCGUGGGCGAUUGGACUGACAUUAGGUCCCGUAAUCGGAGGAGCCUUUGCUGAGAACCAAAGUGCUACUUGGAGAUGGGCAAUGUAUCUCAAUCUGCCCAUCCUUGCUGUCAUCGCCGUCCUCAACUUCGUAGCUCUGCCUCCCAUCGAGGUUGGCGUCAACACGCCUCUUAUCGGCGGUCUCCUUGCCAUCGACUGGUUCGGCAUCGUUCUGCACAUGGCAGGAUUCAUCAUUUUGUGCUCAGCUCUCAUCUUCAGCGGUUCCACUUGGGAGUGGUCGUCUCAUUCAGCGAUCGUGGCCUGGGUCUUUGUGGGUGUCAUAUACGCCAUCUAUAUUGCGCAGCAAUACUUCUGCUUUUUCACUAGCAAAGAACACCGAGCGAUUCCUGCAGACCUCCUCAAGAGCCGAACCAUCGCCCUCGUCGGCCUUGGAACAAUGGCUGCUGGCAGCUGUUACGGAAUCGCUUUGUACUACACACCAUUGUUCUUUGCCUUUACAAAGGGAGUCGAGCCAGUCGAUGCUGCCGUCCGCAUACUUCCAUUCAUCUUCACCUUCAUCAUCUUCACAAUCGUCAUGGCCGGCAUGAUACCAGUAAUCGGUCGAUAUGCCCCGUUUUACGUGGCAGGUGGUGCCCUGGCAAUGAUCGGCGCCGGCCUUCAAACUCAAAUCACACCUCAAACCUCCGAGGCCCGAGUAAUGGGAGUCAGCACCCUCAUCGGUGCCGGGACCGGAUGCAUGUGGCAGACCGGAGUUGCCAUCAUGACGCAGGCCGUACCCGCGAACCGUCGUCUCGACGUCACCGCGCUCUUCAUCAUGGUUCAGCUUGGCGGUAUCUCAGUCACACUUGCUCUAGCUGGUUGUGUCUUUUCGAAUCUCGGCUUCAACCGUCUCCACGCGUCGCUUUCGGGGCUUGAUUACAACGAUCACGAUAUUCGGGAAGCUUUGGCUGGUCUCGACUCUAAAAUUUGGACGGCCGCAGAUCGUCGGGUGGUUGCGAUUGCCGUUCAAGAUGUCGCGAGUGUAAUUGCUGAUAUGCAAUUUGUGAUUGUGGCGGCGGGAGUUGUGGCUUUUCUGAGUGGCUGUUUCAUGAAGUGGGAGAAGCUGGACUUUGGGAGGGCGAAGGUGUCUAAGUGA